AUGCGGUUUGCCGAAGAGGGCGCGUCGGUCGUCUUUACCGACCUGAAAGUGGACGAAAAUUUCCAGAACACGGAAAAAGAGUUGCAGGCGCUCGGCGUCAAGGCCAAAGGAUAUGCCUCCAACGCCGCAGACUUCGAAGAUACGGCCGGCGUGGUGGCUCAGAUCGUGAAGGAUUUCGGUCGCAUCGACGUACUGGUCAAUAACGCCGGGAUCACCCGCGACGGCCUGAUGAUGCGCAUGAGCGAACAGCAGUGGGAUAUGGUUAUCAACGUGAACCUGAAAUCCGCAUUCAACUUCAUCCAUGCCGUAACGCCGGUGAUGAUGAAGCAGAAAAGCGGCAGCAUCAUCAACAUGGCGUCGGUGGUGGGCGUUUCGGGCAAUGCCGGACAGACCAACUACUCCGCUUCGAAAGCCGGCCUGAUCGGUCUAGCCAAGUCGAUCGCCAAAGAGCUGGGUCCCCGCGGCAUCCGCGCCAACGCGAUCGCGCCGGGUUUCAUCAUUACCGAUAUGACCAAUGCGCUGUCGGACGAAGUAAAGGCCGAAUGGGCCAAACAGAUUCCGUUGCGUCGCGGCGGUACGCCCGAAGACGUGGCCAAGGUAGCCCGUUCCUCGCAUCCGACCUGUCGUCGUACGUCAGCGGACAGGUAA